GAAACCGCCAUUCCGAUUUCGCCCAGGGUCUGACCGCCGCGGCGGCAUGGGCCUGGCAGUUGGCAGAGUCUGUUAGAUGUUGGUCAAGGACGCGUUGGAGGCAGAGCUGGCGCGGGAGCUGGCCGCGCUCCACCUGGACGAGGAUGACGAAUCAGGGGUCGAUGGGGCUGUUGUCGUGGAACCGUACCGCCGAUUAGACCUCAACGACUUGCUGGCGCGUGAAGAGAGUGCCAACUUCUCCAUUGAAUCCGAGACAUGGCAUACGUAUGCUGCCGCCACUGCAAAGUGCGACGCCGAUCUGUUUGCGAUACUUGAAGCGUCGUUGCAAGACCUCCAAACCUGUACCAUACCAGUCAUUUCAUCCCGCGAAACGUCAGGAGUCUCCAUUGAGAUCGCCGUGGUUCCAGAGGAGCAUGUUUUCCAUGACCUCCAGGACGACGAAGGAGCGAUCCUUUGUUGCCCCGACCAUUGUACACCACUCUGUCUUGGUCCGUGCACCAUCCACUGCGGUCCUCGCUGUGUCCAUUUGCACGCGCUUCAGGCAGCGGAUGCCAAGGCACAGGUCGCUUCCGCCGCCGAAAACCACAGGCUCAUGCAGCUGGCCCUCGCUUCUGUCGCGCAGAUUGCUGCCACCGUUCGUCAUGAUAUGGCGAUGGCGUCAACCCCUGCACCUUCCUUGACGACGCCGUCCUCGUCACCAUUACCUUUUGUUGCCCCAAGCAACGGCAUUUCAAGCUCUGUUCCUGUCCAACAAUGUGCACAAAACGUAGCGACCCCGCCGAUAGUCACCGAGCCCGAGCUAGAACAAGCCAUCUCCUCAGUCGAAGAUGCUCCUCCUGCACCAGCACCCAUGACCGCAUGGAUCCUUCAACUCACAGAAGAACGACAGCGCCGCCUUGCCUCGACGCGAUCACACUCGUCCGACGAACGCCUGACCGCAGCCGACCGUCUUGUAGCAUUGCGCCAGACACAAGUCGAAUUGGAAGAAGGGAAUCGCAUGAUGGCUGCAUUUGCUGCACAAGUGGAGGAGGCACGUCUGCAGCGAGAGCGAAAAAUCGAGGCCGAGAAGGCGGCGAUGGAUCGUCAACGCAUGGAAGAGGAAGCGGUGGCAAAGGUGGCAGCUCAGCGUGAGCGUGAAGCUGCUCAAGUGGCCAUCGCGAUCAUCGACAUGAUGGCCGAGGAUAGGAUAGGUAUGGUUCUGCGCCGCCACAACCAGAAGGAAGACAGGGCGAGGCGAGAAGGGGCCGAGAGAGGUGGUAUGGCCCGCGAAGAUGAAUCGGCGUGCGAAAGGCGGCGCGUCGAGCGUGAAGUCGCGAUGCGACUGGAAGCUCAAGCCGAAGAAUUACGACAGCACCAGAUACGUAAAAAGCAGUACGACGAGGCCCGCCGGCGGGAAUCGGCCGAGCAAAGUGCCAUGGAAGUGGAAGAAGUUCACCAGCGAGCCGUUCACGCUUCAAUUGAGCGUGAGCGCCAGGUAAAGGAAGCGGAGAAAAGGAAGCAACUUGACCUGGAAAAACACAAAGCCGAGCAGAGGAAACUCGCAGCAGCCAAGCACGCCCUCGAAGAAAAGCAGCGCCUGGAACGACUCCAACGAGAGGCAGAGCGAGCGGAGGAGGCCCGACGGCAGCAAGAGCUUAUGCAGGCAGCAAAGCAGCAAGAGGACUUGAAGCGGCAGCAAGAUGAAGCGAUUCGAUUGGAACAGAUCUGGAAAAAGCAGCGAGAGGAUGCCAUCCACGAAGAGCAUCUUCGGUUGAAAAAACUACACGCGGAAGCCGUCCAGCGCCAAAAGCUGCAUUUUCAACAACAGGUGCUUCCAGCCACCAUCGCCUGGGUGCGAUGCCGACAGCAAGAGAGCCUAGCGCGGCAACUGAUGGCGCUGGAGGAACAGCGAUCUGGAAUCAUCGAGGCAGACGACAAGCUACACGUUCGACAGUACCAGCUAACAAAGUGGCUGCGGAGGUGGCAAGCCAUUGUAGGUGGCCAACGCCGAAGAAGAUUGCAAUCACAGCUGCUGGAACGCCAGCGGCGAGAACGGCGCGAACGAGCCGCGGCGGGUCGGAUCCAGAGCUCGUGGCGAGUCGCUGCAACCAAGAAGCAAUUGCAACGCCAGCAGAACGAAUACCGCAUGGCCUCUGCUGCGCGGCAUAUCCAACUUGUCUGGAAAAAGUACAGACUGCGUCAGCGGCAGCAGCACCUUCUUGACAGACAAAUGCACACGGCAACUGCUGCCGCCAAGGUUCAGUCCGCCUAUCGUGGGUUUCACAUUCGAAAGAAGCUCACGUCCGCUCUCGCUGCCAUCAAAUUUGUCGACGGCGACGACUUUGACUACGAUGAAGUCGACCUGGACACGUUUUUGGGUGGCGCGCCAGAGCUAGAUGAAGAUGUAUCCGACGCGGCGGGGCCACCACCACCACUUCCCGUGGCGCGCCCGGGGUGGACGGCUCCACCAGAGAAUGACGCGGCGCCGUCGCCUUCGAACGGCAGCAACACUUCUCUGCACGCAAUGGUGCCACAGCGCUUGCUCCCGUCCGAUGUGGAUGCUUCGGAGCGCGAAUUCGUGGAUGCGACUUUGCCUUGUGCAGUUGAAAAGCAGGCAGAACCAAGCACGGCGUCGUCGCUGUACAAACGGAUGCAAAUCGCCAUUGCGCAUGGCCGCAAGGGCGGGAAAGGAAAAGCAGCCAAGGGGAAAGACAGCAAAAGCAGCAACAAUAACAGCACCUCGAACGUCGUCAAGAGCGUCACGUGGUCCUCCAGCGGGAAAAAGGCAAAAAAAGUCAACGUCCCGUCCCUGGUCGAUCGGCUUCGGAAAACUACCGCAGCUUCUCGAUGACGACCAUGUCCGCCCCAUGCACCGCAACUUCUCCAACCAGGGAAUCGAACGCACGCUUCCCAUGCAGCCUGCAGCUGCUGUGACCACUGCUGCGAUUCGUCAACUCGACCAGGGCAUCCACCAUGCAGAGGCUGCACCCCCUACAUGCUGAAAAGUCCCUCGCGGCAUACCGAGCUAGCAUGGGCAAGUUCGAGAAAGCCACAGAUGCUCAUUCGUUCCCCUGGUCCGCGGCUCGAAGUUUGUAUCCGCCUCUGCACGAUGGGAACGAAACUAUUCCAAGCUCCUUCACUGUGUGAGGCACUUCUAGUCUAAGGCAAUGCAGAGCUAACUAGAGGCUGUUUAACUCUCAAUGAGAUCCUGUCUCCAUUUUGCA